AUGAGUGGCUGUGGACCUCCUCCCUGUCCGCCGGUGUGUGUUCCAUUCCCUAAUUCUAACUGUGGACCUGCAGGACCCUAUUUGUGUCUUCCUGAACAGAGGAUUAUUGGUGGUGUUCAAGCAAAUAUCGCAUCUUACCCCUAUGCGGCUGUUCUUUUGCGCUACAACUCCAACACCGGCACCUAUGUACAACAAUGUGGUGGUGCAAUCAUCAACAAUAGAUCAGUACUGACUUCAGUUAACUGCAUAUACAAUGAUGCUCCACGUAACUGGAUCAUCAGAGUAGGAUCAUCACUAGCAAACAGCGGCGGACAGGUUCUCAAUGUCGGCAGUUUUAUAAUUCACCCGAAUUAUAGCGCCGCUGGCAGUGACAACGAUGUUGCUAUUUUGAGGGCUCAAAGCUUCAUUAACUACGGUACAAAUGUAAACCGUAUUUCCAUCGCUGGCAGCAACUACAACCUCAAUGAUAACACUGCUGUCACAGUCAUGGGAUGGGGUGCUAUUAGAUUCGAAGGACCCAAAUCAAACCAACUGUUGAAGGCAGACCUCUUAAUAAUAAAUCAAGAGACAUGCAGACGCAACUACAACACCCUUGCUUAUACAAUAACUCAGAACAUGCAGUGCGCAGGCAAUCCUAAUACUGGUGCUGACUUCUGCGAAGGUGACACCGGUAGCCCCUUGGUUCACCAAAACGUAUUGGUCGGUAUCGCAUCCUUCCGUACACCCGUAUGCGGUAGGGCCAAUUACCCUGGAAUAUACACAAGAGUUAGCCGUUAUUCGAGCUGGAUCCAGAAUAACGCAUAA